CUAACAGCUCGCAAAAGGUCAAAAGACCCGCCUUGCCCGCUUUGUUUGUGAUCGUGAUUGUUCAAAGCGCGGAAAAUUUUAGUGAUUUUCGGUUAAGCUUUAUUUUUAAAUUUUACCUAGUUAUUAGAUUAAUAUUUAUUAUUUGACAAUGAUGAACGCUUCGCUAGAAACCGACAUCGUGAUCGAGCUGGUGGAAAUCUACAUCAACACGAUCCUUUUUGCGCGCCAACUUUAUCCUGCCGGUAUCUUUCGGGAGCGACGGGCCUACAACAUCCCGGUUCAUAUCUCAAUCUUCAAACCACUGAACGAGUAUCUAGCUCGGACUCUCCGAGCCGCUCGGGAACUAAAGAAUCGCCGAAAACUACACAAAAUUGAGCUGGUCGUAUUCCGGGAAGAACCCCCAGCCGCAACCACGCUGGAGAGUUACGUGUUCGAGCUGGAAGAUCGCGACUUUUCGCUUCAAUCGGACGACAAUCUGUUGGAGCUCGAGGAGCAAAUUCGCAAGUCCUUGCUCAGCCUGGACGGCCGUUUGAAGGCGCUGAAGAAGCUUCCUUCCGAUGCCACGUUCAAGGUUCUGUUGCACACCACGGAAGCGGCCUAUGUCGCUCUGGGCAACUGUUCAAGCUUACAGAAAUUUCCGCUGGUGAAGGAUGCAAGCCAGGAGGAACGGAAGCUGGGAGUGCAGCAGCAAUCUAGCGUCCAGCUUUUGCCGGUGUCGCACACUCCGACCGUGGGCGUGCAGCUGUACGUUGAAGAGUACCUCUAGGAAUGCUGAAGAGAUUGUGUAAAUAAGAAGCAACUCUCGCACGCGUCAUCCUCGGAGUAGUGGCAGGAGGAGGAGGACACCAGCAGCAGCGGCAAGCAACAAAAGGCUUCAAAAUAGGUCAGCUUAACAGCAUUCGCUU